AUGACCUGUCGGAUACUUUUUUCCGUUUUGCUGAUAUUUUCUGCUGUAAAUGCUGAGGACACUACACAAUCUCCUGGUGAAGAAAGUGAGUUUUCAAUAUUUGAAAUUAGGUGCAUAAUGUUAAUUAAUUCGCAAAUUUUUCUGUAUUUCUUGUAUCUUGUAAAACUGGUCUCCAAUUAUUCUGAAAUUUAAUUUCAGUGGUCGACAGACUUGCGGUAAAUCUAGCCGGAGCUUUUGUAAAAAGCAUGUUCCCCGAGAUGGACCGAAAACCGACAAGUGCACCAGAAGCCUCUACUCCAGCCCCAGUGCCUCAACAACAACAAGGAUUCCCAGUGUCUCAAAAUAAUAUCCGAAGAGCACCAAUCAACCCAUUGCUUAUGGAUAUGAAUAAUUAUUCACGUAAGGAAUUUUUGAAAAAAUCUGGAAAAAACAAAGAUUUUUCAGCACAAAUGGCAGCAUCUGAGUUCAAUGCUAUUCCACAAAUGGGACAAAUGAGUGAUACUCCAAAAAAUCCGUUCAGCUAUCAAGCACAACAACCUAGCCAAUAUUCUUUGAUGCCAGAGGUGAAAAAUAACAGGGGAAAAGUGUGAAAAUGACAUAGGAAGAUUGAAAAUAUUAUUUUUAAUAAUUUUUGAAGUUCCUUUAUUGAAAAUUUAAAAAGUUUUGAACAAAAAAAUAUUAUCAAAAAUUCAGAAAAGUGCCGAAUAAAGUCAUGAAAUUACUCAAAGUUUAUAAUUACGGGUGUCUUUUUAAAUUUCUAGUAAUAACUCACAUUUCAGACAAGUCGCACAAGAAUGUCGCAAACCGCUGGAAUGGAUGGUGGAGCUCUUGGCGCAAUGGCAAUGCAAGGAAUAACCAAUCCAGAUAUCGCAUCAAUGAUGGGAGGUCAAGGUGGAAGUCCCGAAGCUAUCAAUGCUGUGAGAAAUCAAGCAUAUCUUGCGGAGUUGUCGAAACAUCAAUCAGAAUUGAAUGCAUAUAGCGCGAAGCAAAUGGAAUAUUUGGAUCAACAAAGAAGAUAUCAACAAGCAAUGAUUGAUCAUCAAGCUGGUGCAGCUCUUCUUAUGCAAAAACAACAACAAGAUGUGAUUGCUGAGCAAAUGAAGAAAUUGAAACAAUCUUAUGGAAUGGAAGAAGCUAAUAAUGGUCCAGCAGAGGAUAAUUCACCAGGAUCUGUGAGUUUGACAUAUCCCCUCAAUAGUAAUUUGUUCCCCAAAUUUCACUCCAUCUUCAUCUCUCUCUCUGUAUAUUUUCACAUCAUUUUUUCUAGUUCAUGACAGCUCGGGCCCGUGGCGCAAAAACUAUGAAAGUACCAACUAACAGAAGUAAGUAAUUUUUUUUCUGAAAAUUCACAAACAGUUUUUUUUCAGAACUCGAAGAUGAUGACGUCAUUGCUAAUGAUGAAUAUUUAAAAGAAUAUUUCAAACAAAAAUACAAUAUUGAUAUACCUGAUGAUGUUAGUCAAUUGACCGCUGAUGAAAAAGCAACCUUGCGAGCCUUGAAACGAGAACUCACCCGCCAAAAAGACAAAGUUAAAGAUACUGGUGUUUUCAAAACUAUGGAUGGAUUGAAGGGAAAAAUGACAAGAGAAAGAGCACCAGCUAAACAAUCAGUGGCUGGAGAAGCUUGUGAUCAGUGCAUUCCAUUAAAUAUGAAGAUGUUGAGAGGAGCAUGGACACAGGUAAUUUUUACUAAAAAAUAAUCUGACAAAAGAUGAUUUUCUAGAUCUAUGGAAAUCCAAAAGUUGUCAACAAAGUUUUCGGAACUGUCAUGAGUUUGGAGAAUUUGAAGAGCACAGAGGGAAACGCUAGAAUGACUAGAAAGAAGACUGCUUGCGUUGGAAUGGAAGUUGGAGCAACUAGCAGCUCGAGAAAAUCAACAAAGGUCAACCUUUUCUUCAGAGAUACUGAAGAGGGUAAUGAACUUCACGAGGUUAGUGAGAUCUGAUUUUCUGGUGACUUAUGGGAGAUUCAAUGAUUUCAGAUGCGUGGAACUGUCGCUGUUCGUGACAAUAUUCUCAACAUUGAAACAAACCUAUACAGAACUCAAAGUAUGUUUUUUUCUCAAAUUUCGCAAUAUUUUUCAUUUGUUUCAGUGUGUUUGGUGAAGGCUGGACCAUCAGAAGCUAAUCGUUUUGAAUAUAUUGUUUUGGCUGAAACAUCUGGAAAGAAUGCUUGUAGAUCUUACCAUGUGUUUGCCAGAGAUACUGAUGAAUUCAAUCGGCGACACUUUGAUCAUAUUUCAGAAUUUAUGACUAGCGAGAUUGAGGUAUCUAAAAAUCUUGAAACUGAAAAACAUUAUUCCAAAUUUUUACAGAAUAAUAAUGUAUUGCCAGUCGGAGCUUUGCCAAAAUCAUCAUAUUGUCAAUUGAACUCACCAUAA